GUUAACCAAAGCUGAUUCCGGAUGCGUGGAAAAGAAAACAACUGAGCAAACGAUGAGCUUCCGUCUAUUAACCAAAGCAUGGCGGCAACAAAUCCAACCGUUAAACCGCACCGAGUUUUCUUCUUACAUUCUUCAUCGUUCAUUUUCUCGCGUAUCUGAAAGGCCAUCAUUCGGCAUUGCUUUCGACAUCGACGGCGUCAUUCUCCUCGGUAACACCCCCGUUGGUGGCUCUCCGGCCGCAUUGAGAAAAUUAUACAACUAUGAUGGUACGCUGAAAUUUCCUUACGUUUUUCUCACAAAUGGUGGUGGCAUUCCUGAAGCUAAAAGAGCCUCCGAGCUUAGUGAACUGUUGGGUUUAAAUGUCUCAGCUUCACAGGUUUUGCAGGGCCAUUCACCAUUUAGACAAUUGGUUAAUAGAUUUGAGGAUAAACUCAUUGUUGCUGCGGGAAAAGGGGAACCAGCUUUGGUGAUGUCUGAAUACGGUUUUAAAAAUGUUAUCUCAAUUGAUGCAUAUGCAUCGCGCUUUGAAAACAUUGAUCCAUUGGCACCAUACAAGAAAUGGACAACCAAGUUAGCUACUACUCAGAAUCCAAAGUUUGAUGAGAGUGGUCCACAAAUUGAUGUGUUCUCUGAAAGGGUUCAAGCAGCAUUCAUAGUUAGUGAUCCUGUUGAUUGGAGCAGGGACGUACAGGUUCUUUGUGAUAUCUUGAAAACUGGAGGGCUUCCUGGAAGAAAUGUUGGAACACAGCCACACUUAUAUUUUGCAAAUGAUGACCUUGAGUACCAGACGAAAUUUCCUUCUGAGCGUCUGGGUAUGGGAGCUUUCAGGAUUGCAUUAGAAUCCAUCUUCAAUAGGACUCAUCAUCAUUCCUUGGAGUACACAUGUUUUGGCAAACCACAUCCAUCUGUAUUCAAGAAUGCAGAAAUUGUGUUACAGAAACAUGUACCACGAGUCGAUGAAGAUUCCUACGAUAUAAAUCAUAAAAAUGCUCAACCUUUUCAAACACUUUACAUGAUUGGAGACAAUCCUGCAGUUGACAUCAGAGGUGCACGACAGACCGGGCAUCCUUGGUUUUCUAUUCUCACAAGAACUGGUGUUUUCAAGGGGAAGGAAAAUCAUGACAAAUUUCCAGCAGAUCUGGUUGUUGACACUGUAGAAGAAGCCGUGGACUACAUAUUGGCAAAGGAAUGUGCUUAGUUGGUUCGGUCUUCUUUACAUUUAGAAGGCUCUGAUUCUUGGUAGAAAGGGUUCUAAGAGAAGACAUUUCUAAAUUAAAAUUGUGAUUCUGUGAGCAGAAAAACAAUGUAAUAAUUUAUGGCUUAAUCAUGCCAUUCAUUUGACGCACGUAUAAUUGAUUAUUUCCUCAUUUGCUCAUGUUUGUUGUUCUGAUGAGAAAUGAUAAUUUUGAUGUCAAAUACGGUGACAUUUGGUUUUUA